AUGCAUGUAGCCUUUGUGCGUUCAUUAGGCAAACGUAGACGUAUGCCACCUUUAUUGCGCCGACGUGCUAUUGAUGCGUUACUACAAGCUAUGUGUUUUCAUUAUGAUCCAUUAGCUAAUCGUGUUCAGUCUUCUAUUACUAAUCUAGCUCUUGAAUGUGGAUUGGCUACUGCAUCAAAGAAUGGCAAUCUUUCUACGACUCGAGCUACCCGAGCGCUACUUUUUCUAAUGGAACUAGGACUCAUUACUUACCAUACGGAAUACGAUCCUAACAUUGGUUGCAAUAUUCCUACAGAUAUUACUUUUACACCUGCCUUAUUUAGUGCACUUGACAUAUCUGAAGUAGCCGUAGCAGCUGCUCGUCAUAGUCGAGCAGAAUGGGAAAAUUGUCAACGAAAAAAACAAAACCUACCUUUACUUAAUAAAGAUGAUCUAAUAGCUAAAGCUUGGCGAUUUGUUCGAGAACGUUUUCGUGUUUAUCAAAUUGAACGCAGAGCUAGUGGAUUUAAACGGGCUCGUGCACGACGUGAUGCUAAACGUACACGUCGUGACAUUGAAACUAUUGUUAAAUUGCAAUUAACACGUGAAAUAGCUCAAGGACGUUUUGAGGCUAAUCAAGUUGCUGUUUUUAAUGAAGUAAAACGACGUGUACGAGAACGAAUGUUAAUGUCUAGAGCAUAUAAUUAUACUCAGCUAAGGAUUUUGACUACAUAA